GCAACCCUGUAUGUGGCUGAAAGAAGGCCCAGACUUUGUCAGAGAUUUUAAUCAUUAAAAAGCAGCUCCUCAGGCGUGCAUAUUCUUUUGCACAAAAGUUAAUUUAAAGCACAUGAAUAGUCUCAAUGAACUGAGUUGGACUGUUUGUGUUCAUCAAGUUUUGUGUCUGCACAGGAUUGGCACUGCUGCACUGGCCAUUCAGGUGGUUGGGAGUAACUGGCCUAAACCACAUUACACCUUGCUGAUUACUGGCCUCUGCAGAUUUCAAAUCUUGCAACUGCUGAAAGAAAAACCAUAUCCCAUUGCUGAGGUUGAACAGUUGGACCGACUUGAACAAUUUACCAACCAGACUAAGUCCGAGGAGGAAUUGGGAGAGCUAUCAGAACAGUUCUACAAAUAUGCAGUACAGCUGGUUGAAAUGUUGGAUAUGUCUGUCCCUGCAGUUGCUAAGCUGAGACGUCUUUUAGACAAUCUACCUAGAGAAGCUUUACCAGAUGUUCUGACUUCGAUCAUCCGCACAACCAACCAAGAAAAGCUUCAGAUUUUAGAUGCUGUUAGCCUGGAGGAGCGAUUUAAGAUGACUAUACCACUGCUUGUUAGGCAGAUUGAAGGCCUGAAGCUUCUUCAAAAAACCAGAAAACACAAACAGGAUGAUGAUAAAAGGGUUGUAGCUAUUCGUCCUACUCGGCGGAUCAAUCACAUUCCAGGCACUGCAGAAGAUGAAGAGGAGGAUGAAGAUCAUGAUGACAUUGUCAUGUUAGAAAAGAAAAUUAAAACAUCCAGUAUGCCAGAGCAAGCUCUUAAAGUUUGCGUAAAAGAAAUGAAAAGAUUAAAGAAAAUGCCUCAAUCAAUGCCAGAAUAUGCCUUGACCAGAAAUUAUUUGGAAUUAAUGGUGGAACUUCCAUGGAACAAAAGCACAAAAGAUCGUCUGGAUAUUCGUGCAGCCAGAAUUCUUUUGGACAAUGACCAUUAUGCCAUGGAGAAGUUGAAGAAGAGAGUUUUGGAGUAUUUAGCUGUCAGACAACUUAAAAACAACCUAAAGGGACCCAUCCUUUGUUUUGUGGGUCCCCCUGGAGUUGGUAAAACUAGUGUGGGAAGAUCUGUUGCAAAAACUCUGGGCCGAGAGUUCCAUCGGAUUGCCUUAGGAGGAGUAUGUGAUCAGUCUGACAUUCGAGGUCACAGGCGCACUUAUGUUGGCAGUAUGCCUGGUCGAAUAAUCAAUGGCUUGAAGACUGUUGGGGUUAACAAUCCAGUGUUUCUGUUAGAUGAGGUUGAUAAACUGGGGAAGAGCCUUCAGGGAGAUCCUGCAGCUGCUUUGCUUGAGGUCUUGGAUCCAGAACAAAAUCAUAGCUUCACCGAUCACUACUUAAAUGUAGCCUUCGACCUAUCCCAAGUCCUUUUUAUAGCCACAGCCAACACUACUGCUACUAUCCCACCAGCUCUGUUGGACAGAAUGGAGGUCAUUCAGGUUCCAGGAUAUACACAAGAAGAGAAGAUAGAAAUUGCACAUAGACACCUGAUCCCUAAACAGUUAGAACAACAUGGAUUGACUCCUCAGCAGAUUCAGAUUCCACAAGUGACUACUCUGGACAUCAUCACCAGAUACACUAGAGAGGCUGGAGUCCGCUCUUUGGAUCGGAAAUUUGGCGCCAUUUGCAGAGCAGUGGCUGUGAAAGUGGCAGAAGGACAGCACAAGGAGACAAAGCCAGAUCGCUCUGAAGUGACUGAAGAAGACUGUAGAGAGCAUGUUGCAGAAGAUGCAAAAACUGAAUCCAUCAGUGACACACCUGACCUGGCUCUGCCACCUGAAAUGCCUAUAUUAAUUGAUUUUCAUGCCUUAAAAGAUAUCCUCGGGCCACCUAUGUAUGAAAUGGAGGUAUCUGAACGUUUGAAUCAGGCAGGAGUAGCCAUAGGCUUGGCUUGGACUCCUUUAGGAGGUGAGAUCAUGUUUGUAGAAGCCAGCCAAAUGGACGGAGAAGGUCAGCUUACUCUAACUGGACAGCUGGGGGAUGUCAUGAAAGAGUCAGCACAUCUUGCAAUUAGCUGGCUGCGUAGUAAUGCAAAGAAAUACCAGCUAACUAAUGCUUCUGGAAGUUUUGAUCUCCUUGACAACACCGACAUCCAUCUGCACUUCCCAGCUGGAGCCGUCACAAAAGAUGGACCAUCUGCUGGAGUUACCAUAGUAACUUGUCUUGCCUCACUUUUCAGUGGGCGGCUAGUGCGUUCAGAUGUAGCAAUGACUGGAGAAAUUACACUAAGAGGUCUUGUUCUUCCAGUUGGGGGAAUUAAGGACAAAGUCCUAGCAGCCCAUAGAGCCGGAUUGAAGAGAAUUAUCAUUCCUCAAAGAAAUGAGAAAGACCUUGAAGAGAUUGCAAUGAAUGUGCGGCAGAAUUUGAGUUUUGUUAUGGCAAGCUGCCUGGAUGAAGUUCUGAAUGCAGCUUUCGAUGGGGGAUUUUCAAUCAAGACUGGACUUGAGCGGUUGAAUAGUAAACUUUAAGCAGCUGAACAUGUGUUAAAGGUUGAUGUACAGGAUCUCAUACAACUGUCAGAUGGUAAAAAUGUGAUCUAUACAAAACAAAGAGGGCAAGUAAUUGGGGCCUCACAUUGUGCUAUGCCACCCAUUAGAAGUUAAGGCCUGAACCUCAGUGCAUUUUGGUGUAUUUAAAGUUGCAGGUGUACUUUAUUACAAAUAGUUUACCAAAACAAGUUAUACAUGUGCUAGUUUUCAGCAGCAUGUGCAGGCAGUAGUGGAGGAGAGCACACAAGUGCUUGCACUUUUGAAACUCAAGUUUUCUGUUUAAUGAGCAUUCCAGUGUUUAGGUAAGAGAUGUGUUUAAGUUAACCAUAUUAAACUUCAUGGAAUAAAAGUAAA